AUGAGCCUAAAGCAAUUCUUCUACUGGAUGCGAACGGAUUGGGCUCCAAGGAUACAAGAGGUUAGGCAAGAGCUUGCUUCUCAAAGGCUACCAGAUGAGCAAAUCCGAGAUACUGAGUCGAUUGGUGUGGUUUGGGAAGCUUACGGGCCCCAACCAGUGGAUCAAUGCUCCAAGGGUUUUGACGUACGAGAAUGUGGUUUAUGGCAUGCUAUGGAUGAGCUGGACCAGAUUGCUACGGAUCCAGAGAGACCUAUGAAGGAAAAUCACAUUGUGAUCUUGGUGUCCUACCAGACGCUACAAGAACUCCCAAAGCGCCUCGAGAGUGCCCUCACCGUGAUUGAUGGCGGGGCCCACGCAGACGGCCGGACAGUCAACAAAUUGGUCGAGUUUUCUGAUGGAGUCUAUAUCGAACUCAUCGCCUUUCAAGAUGGCUUGGAUCCAGAAAGUCGAAAAACACAUAGAUGGGGGAAGCUGGAAGAGAACACUCUCGUCGAUUGGGCGUAUACACUCCCCGAUGAAAAGGCCUUUGGAGUGAUCCAGCAGCGGGUCAAGGAAGCAAACUCUGAAAUUGUUUACCACGACCCAGUAGCUGGCGGUCGUAUCAGACCUGAUGGAGUUGAAUUGGAGUGGUCCGUUGCUUCUGCCUACACUACUUCCGGCAAGGCUGUGCAUCCAGGCAAAGCGCCAUUUUGGUGUCUAGACCGCACUCCGAGACACUUACGAGUUCCUUACAAAGAAGACGAUGGAUCAGACCCUUCCUACACGAAGCAUCCUUCUGGUGCGAUCGGAGUCUCGGGAGUUUUGAUCUCAGUGCCCAAGGAGGAACAUGAUGCCAUUGCUGGGGUUUACGACGGAAUUCAUGGAUCCAUUACUGAGGAGGGCAAAUGGCCUUUCGUUGUUCACUCUGGUUCUACGAAGGGGAAGCAAGAGAUUACCCUGGAAAGCAGCCAAAAUCAGGAGAGGCAUAUCCAUCUCACCCUUCUUGGUGAUGAGGGCAGCCCUGAAAGCAUCGAGAUUCUGCCUGGUUUGAAGUUUAGCUUCGAGUCCUAA